AUGCAAUUAUCAAAACUCUCGUCCUCGUUAAAAGAAGGACUUGCAUGGAUCGGAAAAGAACUACACGAGACAAUAUUUGAUCAUUAUCAAGAAUUAGAUUCUGAUGAUUGGUUUUUGAAUGGAACAGACACCCAUGUGGCUGUUUCUUAUAAUUGUACCUAUAUUGCAAUUGCUCAUUUGAAUACUUGUUUUUUAUGUAUUUGUGAGAAGGAUGAUUAUCAUUUAAUUCAGUUGGAAAAUCCUUGUAAAUAUGAAGGUGAAAGAAUAACGUCCCUAAUGUGGAUUGCAUUCAAAGAUAAUAACAAAGAAAAUGUAUUUCUUUUAAUUGGUACAUCCGAAGGCUUUCUUAGAAUUCACAGCGUUUCUACAAACAGUAUCAUUCAAGAAGAUCGAUUUCAUGACUCACCCAUUGUGAAAAUUAAAUCACAAAGCGUUUUUCACUACACCCUUUUGCCAAAUUACCAAAAAGAGAUUAUUCUAAUAAUUUAUUCGAAUUCUUUAGUGACUAUUGAUCCAAUAAGCUUUAAAAAAGAGUUGAAUAGCAUGAUCUCCAAUCACGAUAACGAUUCUUAUCAAUUCAAGAAAUGGAUUUUAAAGGAUUCCACAAAAACAAAUGAUGCCUGCUGCCUCUAUUCAUAUUGUUGUGAUGUUUCAAUAUUUGAAGUGAUGGAUUUAAAAUCUGAAUUUGAUAUUGUAGGUGCUGGUAUGAAGCCGACAAUAGCUCACUACUCGACAGAAGAGAUUGAUGAAAUGUCUGUGAAACAACGAACUAGGGUGACGAAAAUUGCUACAACAGUGGCCAAUAAGGUUUAUAAUUUUGCUAGCUCCUGGAUUUGGGGUUCCUCUCAAAAUAACACUUCUGAGACAAAGAAUGAGACAUCUCAAGAAGAGCAAAUACCAAAAGGCGCUUUCAUUCCACUUUCUAAUCAAUUUUUUGAUGAAAAACGUGAGAUUUUUGUUGCUGAGCUGGACUAUUCUGGAAAGCUUCUAGCUACAUCAGACUCACUUGGAAGAGUAAUGAUUUUUGAUCUCUCUUCAAUGACAGUAAUGAGAAUAUUUAAAGGAUACAGAGAAGCUCAAUGUUAUUGGAUAGUUAUUGGACAAGACACGAUGAGCUUGGAACAAUCAUCCUCAGCAAGUACUGAGUUACUUUUAAUAUUUGCUCCAAGGCGUGGUAUUUUGGAAGUACGAGGAAUGGAUGGGAGACGUUAUUUUGGCAUGACUGUAGGUACUGAUAAACGUCUCGUAAAGUCAUCAGGUAGUUUCAUUGAGGGAGGAGAGACUAGUUUCAAAUAUCCCCAAUUUUACUUGAUCUCCCAAAUUGAUGGCUCUAUUCAGAAGGUGUCGUUUGACAACAUUUCUUUAGACAGAAUACCGUUGUCAGACUCAAAAAAUUAA